AUGCCUAACUGGGGAGAGGGUACUGCUCUUAUCGCAACUGCGCUCUCCGAUAGCUCUGGCCAGAGGACCACGAGCUCUGCUGUUAUCGAAUUUUUGAGCGACGAUUAUGUUCACCGUCUUCUCGAGGAUCCUGCCAGCACCUUCGCUCCCGCAGACGAAGCUACCAAAAAAGAUUUUCAGACAAAGACAGCACCGAUCAACGUGCCCACAAGCUCAGAUGGACGACCGGAUAUCGAGUCGAUUAAGAAGGAUGCCGAAUGGCUCAGCAAAAAUGCCAAAAUCAACCUAGUCGCUGCCCUCCGUAUCGUCGUUAUUGAACACCAGUCUCGCCCUGCUCGCCAUCUCAGUGGCCCCUUAUCAUCGCAGGAUGCAAAGAACUUGCAGGAGGCUGCUGGCCUCAACAAUGGCCAAGGGUCAGGGUUCUUGAUGGACCUGGGUUCAGCGGCUGCAUUGGAUGCUGAGGAGAUCUGGGCCGAGUUUGAGAAGCCGGAGACGAGGCAGCGACGCCUAUUCGAUACAUAUCUUACCGAGCGUCGUUUUUUCAUGCUGUCAGCGGAUUAUGCCAACUCUAUCAAGCUAUACGAAAGAUUGCCUACCUUCGCCAACGUCGAUCUCGACCUCGCCAAGACUUACCGACUAACUUUGCCUGCGCGAGACGAUGCAGAGCCUUUACUACCCACCUAUCUUCAAGUUCUGACCGACUCCAUGAGCCAGAUCGAAUCUGGGAUCAAAGCUGUAACAGAUGAAAAAUGGGUGACAGAAGAGGUCGAACUAGACUGGAUACGAACUCAUCUGACCGAAGCCGUGCAUGCCUUGUCUGUCGUAUUUCAGAUAGUGGAUAGCUUUGGCGAUGAAUUUGCACCCUCAAAUGCUGUUAACCAGUGGUUUUCGUUGAUGGAGGUCUACAGGUUCUUUGAUGCUGUCCAGCCGAUUCACGAAAGCAUUGCUCCAUUAGUCAUGCCUCUGAAGACACUCUCAGUAGCGGUGUCCCUGAUCUUACUCAAGCCAGCCCGUUCAUUAACAUAUCUCUCCGAGAGGGAGGAGGACGCAACUCAAGCUGAUACCACCUACGAUACAUACCUCCUUUCAUCCGACGUUCUCGAGCAGGUCCACAAGAGUGUGCUCAAUGCCGCAGAUGCCGAUUGUGAGAAUGCUUCGCCUGUCAUAUUCGCAUGGACCCUACUCCUCCAUCGUAUGAACGUGUCCUAUCAGAGCAGGACCGAAAAACGAGACAACCUAUUGCAACAGAACGCGCGAGAGACUUUUGAGGCGGGAGGUGUAAUUCGUCCGGUUGCAAGGCGCAAUUCAGCGGGAAGCAUCUUCUCCAUCGAAUCCUCAAAAUUCGACGGAUUUCUGGAGAAUGCAACUGCAUCUAAAGAUCUUGUCGUGGUUGAGCAGCUUGCAUCGGCGGUCACAGCUCAAGGGCGUGUCUUUGAUGUCAUCUCUAACAUGGCAUCAAGCCUUGGCCCCUCCGAUGAAGGCAGUAUGACUCCUUUACUCAGCUCUCGCCUUCGCAACGUCUUCUUGGAGCUCCUUAAGGUUUCAUACCCCAUUGUUGGUUAUCAGUCAGAACCCGUCAGCGCAUUGCUCUCUGUUUUGAGCGCCGGGCGAAAUUAUUGGGAUCUCUCAAAGAAGGAGAACCUUUCAGAAAAGCAAGAUAUCCUUGCCUCUAUGGUCAACGAUGACCUUGCUUUAGAAUUCUUCUUUCAGCAAGCCCUUGACAGAUAUCCUUACGAGUUCAUGCCAUUCAUCACUCUCUGCCGAACAUUGGCAAGCGCAACAAGCCUUCGCGAUAGCGAGCGGUCUCAGAUGAUUCUUAAUCUCCUUCGCGUCACACCUACGCUGACCUUCGUCCUCCCCGACCACUUUCAAGAAUACGAACUUGCACAAGAAGAUGAGAAUACCAAUACUUUCUGCCUGUUGCAGGACAUUCCUAUCAUUUCAUUAUCUCCUUCAUGGCGAGGCAGACGCGUCGAAGAUGAUUCUUACCGGAUACCCGCCGGCACAUACGGCCGUUUCGUCACAGAUACUGGUAGAGUUGUCUCAAUGGAGUACCCACACUCAACGAUCUCCCUCCUCGGCCGGCGGCUGGAAAUCAACUUGAUGAAGGAAGGCUACCAGUCUGAGCUUGGUAUGCUCCAACCCGAAGAAACAGCCGAAGUCAUCUCCCUUUUCGCAACACUUAUCCGAAUGGACUACUUGAACGCUUCCCAAGAGGACUCAACAGGGGCUCUGGUGCUCUCAGAUGAUGACAUCCUUCUGGAAGCAAAGAAGCAUAUUGAUGCGGGCAGUGGAAGGGACCUGUUGACGGUGGUCUGCGACACGAUGGACUACUAUAUGCAGGUUGACCUUGCAGAGAGCGAGGAUGUCGUGGUGACGAUUCUCACUUCUUGCAUACAGUUCUUGGACGCGGUCUUACCAAUUUACCCUAGCAGAGUUUGGUCUUACCUCUCUCGAUGCGAGCUGUUGAGUUCCGAUUCUCGAGCUGGUAAACUUACCAAGGUUGUUGGCAGCCUCGAUUUGGUACAAGAAAGGCUCGAGUUCCUUUCUUCUUGCCUGCGUCUGUUUGGUAAUCUAAUUGAUACUGCGAUGACCUCCGCCGUUCAACGUCGAGCCGGCAUCCAAGCUACCGGCAGGAACAAGUCGGAUCUAAAUCCUUGGCUCGGUACAGCUGAUAAGGUGUUGGCAAAGGUCAGUUAUGCAAUCGCCCAAGCAGGAGUGGAUAUUUUCGAAAACACAUCCACUUGGAGGUUUGCCUCAGACACAUGCCGUUCAUCAGUCCUUCGAGACGUUGUGCCUAUCCUGCACAAAGUUAUCCUAUACAGCUAUAGCCUUGGCGAUUCUUCCACCUCUGAGAACUUGACUUCUUGCCUACGACCUGCCGCAUCCUAUGUUAUCGACUGCUUUGUCUCACCCUCAACUGGCUCUCUUCGAUUCCAGCCUCUCUUAUCUUCUCUAAUUACUGCGUUCACAACCACCGAUAGCACACUUUAUCCUAGGCGCGUGGAGAUGAUUCAGUCACAACUGGGUGCCGUGCUGGAACUAUCAGCCACACUCUUGCGGGUUGCAAAUUAUCUUGAGCAAUCUUCUAGCAUGAUUGAGACCUACCUUUUCAAGAGCUCUACCCUCCUUGCGCGUCUUUGUGCAGCAUCUGACCAUUUCCGAAGACCUACAAUGUGGCUGCUAGAGUCUCUGGUAGUGAAUGCUGGCAAGUCUUCAAGCGAGCCUCCUUCACUACUUGGUUAUCUUGGGCCUCAAAUUUCCAAAUCUUUCUUACAGCUUUUGUCAACUCUGGGCAAACCUUUCGAACUAAGAGGCGAGGUCAAGGCAACAUGGAAGUUCUUCUCGGCUAUUUUGAGGAACAGGCAGCAGUGGAUGUCCAACUGUCUUCUCACAGGGCAAACCCCGAGAGAGGCAAUGAAAACGGACAAGAAGAAGACCGAUGUUUCUUCCAACUCAGUGUUUGCCACUGGACUUGCCAAGCUCGGAAAGCUGAAAGAUCUAGAAGUCAGCGAAGCGUUGGUCAUACUCGACUUCGUUGCCUCAGCCCAGAACUUCUGGCCCUGGACCGUUUUCACGCUGCAGAAAGACACAGCGUACCUUGAUGGUCUCAGAGCAUAUGUCCGAGAACUCAAGCCAUCCAACCUUACCGUCAAGAGUGAUGCUGUUCGUGCCGGCUUCGAGGCUAGACUAGCCGCCUACAUUGCUGAGACGUUCGCCAUGCAAUUAUACCAUUCGCGACAUCUAGGCAACUCCGACACCUUGGCAAAGAAUCUUGUCAGCGAUCUCGACUAUUAUCUGCGCGACGGAGUCGAGGUUGCAGGCUAUAACAAAUCUUUGCAUAACAAUUUUGCAAGGAACUUUUCAAACAAGUAUUCUGACUGUCCUGUGGGUUACUUCAAACGAACUGCUCUCGAGCCACGAGAAUUAGGGAAAAGCUACUACUACGAUCUCGAACGUGCCGAUGAAAUGCUUCGAUUCGACCCCGGCUGGAAGGGCCGGAAAGAUGAUGGCUUCAAAACAGAGAUGGAGCGCGCAAAUACGAACCUCUCUCUUGUCGACGCUCAACUUGCCCUUUUCCAUGCUUGGGAGUUCCUGCUUGUUGAGCUUUCUACAUGUCUGACUAAGAAUGAUACUGUUGAAAAGCAAAUGCUGCAGGUUGCUCAACAAUGCUUGAACGCAAACCAAGGCAUUCCUGGACCUGAACACAUCUUCCUCAAGCUGGUUGAGUCCCGUGCCAACCUCGCCCUUGUGUUGAUUCAACGCUUGGUCAAAUCUUCUGUGCCAGUGAAGGACAUCAACCAGCUGCUCUCAACCCUUGUUGGCACAAUGAAUGGUGUUGAAGAGCCUUGGGGACCCGAGUCGAUCUCAUACUAUCGUACCCUAUUGAAGGCCCUAUUCGUCACCCUGCGUGCUUAUCACACCAGUGGCAAGAAGACGGGCGAAAACCAAGAUAUCUUUGAGGGAACCACAGUUACGGUCACACAAACCGUGCUCAACAUCCUCGAUCGCGUUGUCGGCAGAGGCUUCCGCGCACUGGUCAGUCUGGUGCACGACAACGAAACCACCGUUUCGCCGGAGGACCUUGGGUUGCUGACAGCCAUCCUUCAAGCGUGUCUCAGCUUACCCAACAUGGAUCAAUCGCAAACCCAAGUUCUUAACAUUAUGGCAGAGCACCAAGUCCUGCACGCUGUUUCGUCCCUUUAUUCUUGGGCGGAUAGGCUGUCUGAUCAGGGUGAUCCUAUCUAUGGCGAGCUCAGUAUGCUAUUCUUACUCGAGCUCUCUACUCUGCCUUUGAUUGCUGAGCAGAUGGCCUGCGAUGGAAUUCUGAGCAAUAUUUUGUCGGCAAACCUGACAAAGUUCAUGCUCAAGUCCAACAUCUCUCCCUACUCAGAUUCUCCUGUUGUGCAACGCUGCUACGGUAUAUGGGCCAAGGGACUGCUGCCUUUAAUGUUGAACCUGCUUACAGCUCUGGGCGCCACCAUUGCCCCAGAGGUUGCCUACGUACUGAACCAGUUCCCACAUCUACUAGAGGCAAGUGUGGACCGUUUUGAAGCACCCGGAGCAAGCCGUACACAGUCUCGGGCGUCACCGCACUACUUGACGCUUGUGGCUAUAUCCGAAGUCCACUCCCUGGCUCUCCUCACAAGGGUACUUGUUGCUCUUCGUGUGAACAAUAAUCGGGACAUUCCGGACGUCGAGUGGGAUUCGGCAAAUCUUCUUGAGAACGUUGACUUUUGGCUGAGCACGAAGAAGCUAUUGAAGGAGCGACUCAUGCCUUUGGGACAACGGGAAAUGGAUUGGCGGGGCAUGAAGCCCGCCGCAGGAACAUAUGACAAUCUUUUGGAGGAGAAAGCUGUGGCUCAAUUAGAUGCCAUUCGGGAUGUGCUGAGCGAAGAAGCAGAGAAUUGA